UGACUUUUUUUUUUUUCUCCAGGUAUUAUGGCAGGUUCAAACAGAUCUGGCGAUCUUAAGGAUGCUCAGAAAUCUAUUCCUACUGGAACAAUUUUAGCUAUUUCAACUACUUCUUUUAUUUAUCUCUCUUGCAUAGUGCUGUUUGGUGCUUGUAUAGAAGGUGUGAUAUUAAGAGAUAAGUUUGGAGAAGCAGUUAAUGGAAAUCUAGUGGUUGGUACACUGGCCUGGCCUUCUCCAUGGGUUAUUGUGAUUGGUUCAUUCUUUUCAACGUGCGGUGCUGGUCUACAGAGUCUCACUGGUGCACCCCGUCUGUUGCAGGCCAUUGCAAGAGAUGGUAUUGUACCAUUUAUCCAAGUAUUUGGUCAUGGAAAAGCAAAUGGAGAACCAACUUGGGCUCUGCUCCUCACUGCUGGUAUUUGUGAAAUAGGAAUUCUGAUAGCCUCUUUGGACAGUGUAGCACCAAUUCUUUCAAUGUUUUUCCUGAUGUGCUAUAUGUUUGUAAAUCUGGCUUGUGCAGUUCAAACGCUUUUACGGACUCCCAACUGGAGACCUCGUUUCAAGUAUUACCAUUGGACUCUUUCAUUCCUGGGGAUGAGUUUAUGUCUUGCCUUGAUGUUCAUUUGCUCCUGGUACUAUGCUUUGAUUGCCAUGUUAAUUGCAGGAUGUAUAUACAAGUAUAUAGAAUAUAGAGGAGCAGAAAAAGAGUGGGGUGAUGGAAUACGUGGACUGUCUUUGAAUGCAGCUCGCUAUGCUUUGCUUCGUGUUGAAGAUGGUCCUCCUCACACCAAGAACUGGAGACCUCAACUUUUGGUCUUGUUAAAUUUGGAUUGCGAACAGUUGGUGAAACAUCCAAGAUUGCUUUCUUUCACCUCCCAGUUGAAAGCUGGUAAAGGGCUGACUAUUGUGGGAUCUGUGCUUCAAGGAACCUAUUUGGAUAAAUGUACAGAAACUCAGAAAGCUGAAGAGGUACGUAAAAGAUGGAUUACAAAUUCUUGUAUUAGUAUUUAAAUGUUGAAUCUGAAU